GGAACUUUGAUUGCAAAACAGGCAAGUUUCACUAUCUUCCCUUUCUGAAGACUCUGUGAGAGGUGACGCAGCAAGGCACCCUGCCUCCAGAUGUGAGGGACGAGCUGCCCAAACUAUGGUCCCACUGGGGCUUUUCCCAGUUUUAUUGGCUCUGAUCAAAUUAAUCCUGAUUCAGAUGGCAACUGGGGAAUCCUUGGAGUUAGCCUUCAGCCGCAAUACCAUGCAUGCGAUAAUUGCAGACAAAAAGAAUAUUAACCACUCCAAUGGAAGAGAGAAGAGGGAGCUGUCAUGUGGGAAAGGAUACUUUCCUCACCCAAAUAGAACUCACUGCUGCUUUAAAUGCCACAGAGGAAUGUAUGUUGAACGAGACUGCGUAGAAUCAAACAGUACACCCAUUUGCAGAAUAUGCCACCCGGGUACCUACAUGCCUGAAGAUAAUUACUCGGAUAGGUGUUUUGAGUGCCAACACUGUCAUACAAAUUUGGGGCAGAAAGUGCUAUCCAGUUGUACCCCUGAGAAAGAUACUGUAUGUGGCUGUGCUGAAAAUCAGUAUCGGACUAGUCACACUUCUGAGUUCUUCUGCAAAGAUUGCAGCGCCUGUCACAAUGGAACAAUCAGGAAAACUUGUACAGAAUUCAGUGACACAGUAUGUGAGUGUCACUAUGGAUUCUUUCUUCAAACAGAUCAGAGCAACUGCUCCCCAUGCAGCAGUUGCAAUGCACAAGAUUGUGAGGCACGCUGCAAGGCACUAAAUGUAGUGACACACCAACCAAGUUCCUUAGGACUCAUGUCCGUCCUCAGCUCACUGGUUGUUUUCUUUGGAGCUGGCUGCAUGUUGUUGUUGAUAAGGAGAAUCGUCAAGCCAUCUUGUCAGAGAACACUGAGCUCCCCUUGGUGCCCAUAUCCUUCAAUUCAGCAACCAGCAAAAGAACUUCCUGCAAAAUCUGUAGCAAAUGACUUCCUUCUGGAGCAGAAUCAGGAAAUAAGAAUGUCACCAAAGCAAGUCAUACAAGUGCCAGGGGAAACAUCACAACCAGUUCAAGGACUACCAGACUGUGUAAAAUCUGCAGGAAAGACACAGCUCCCAGACUGUCCUACAGUUUUGUAUAUUGUAGCAGAUCAUGUACCAGUGUCUCGGUGGAAAGAAUUUGUGCGUCGCCUUGGACUGAAUGAAAAUACAAUAGAGAGAAUCAGUAUGGAACAGCGGCAUAUACGGGAAGCACAAUAUGAGAUGUUGGGACAAUGGAGGCUGCAGGCAGCUCAUGGUGCCACUGUGGAGCACAUCAGUAAUGUUCUCAAUGAAAUGGAGCUGAGUGGCUGUAGCGAAGCUAUUCAGGAGGUCUUGACCAGCCUGUCCUAGAAGUUCUACCUUCCGUGUCUCCACUCCAAGGAACAUCAGAAUUUAUUCACACACAUGCAUGCUCCUUUCUUAAUGAUGGCAACAUCAUAGUGAUUCACACACAUGAGUGAACCAUAAACAGAAUUUUGAUAUGUUGUAUAUCCCCUGCAACACACGGUUAUUCUGUAGAGUCUAUUCACCCACCAGCUGCUUAUUAACAGUUGCUGAGUAAUCAACCUAUAUAAAAGUAUACGUGAAACAGUUCUUAGCUCUUGUCUUCCUUCCCUGUUAAGUCCAAAUCCUCUUUCAAGGAGGGCUCUCAUAGGAGGACCUCUGCAGAUGACCCUAAGGGCAGGCUCAUAUGGAAGGAGAUGUUCCUUUAGAUAUUCCUUUUUGCUUGUCAACUCAUUAAAAAGGAGUAGACAAGCAAAAGCAAGUUGAAAGCAGAUUUUUUCAUCAAAUAUCCUGCUUUAUAGGAAUCAUGUGAGAUGCAUAAUUUUAACCCAGGGGUCAACUUUAAUCCCCAAUAUGAAACAUGAGUUUCAGUUUCUUAAUGUAUAUACCCAAAAUUUCCUUCACUCUCCAAGUGGGUUUUUUUUUUUUUUUACUUCUGGCUCUGUCUUUUGCAGGGCAUAGCUACAGUGUAGCCAUGCUGUUUUAAGCAGUCAUUUCUCUGCCUAGUGGAAUGUUGAGGAUUAUAGCUGUGUGAAAGAAGGUUCCCUAAAAGUGAAUCUUCAGCACCUGUACUUUUGCUUUUCUUGGUGAAGGGAAGAUAUUGCAGUUCAACUUGUAUAAAACUAACAUAAAUGUAUAUAGUAGACAUACUCUCCCUCUAACUCUCCUCCUCCCCUACUCCAGCAUCUGUGCUGUUUGUUUUGAUGCAAAUAUUGUAGGGCCACUGGUGCAGUCCAUCUGUGGAUCAUGAACCAACAGCAAAGAUUCAUACUUCCUAGAAAGGGAAACAAUUGUUGGGAGUUAGAAGGAAAGCUCUCUGCCUGAGGUUCUGAAAAGCUACUCCUCUUAUUAUUAAAACUAUAGAAGGCAGUUUUACAUGUACAUAUAUAUAUAUAUAUAUAUAUAUAUAUAUUUAGUGCUCUUGAUAAAGACAGUACUGUUGUCAAAUAUUUUGUAUAUUAAAAUUUGCUUGUAUUAUUGUA